CGAAAUUAUCUAAAUAUAUCAAAACCCCGAAAAAAUACACCAUUUAUUCCUCCAAGAGAUUUUCAUCUGUCGUGGGGUGUUUUGGAACGAAAUACCUGCAAUAGCGAAGGGAUUACUGUAUAUGUGCAGCUUUCAAGACCUGUCUUCCCACCCUUAAAAUGGACUGGACAAUGAAAGCGAAGCACAAUGCAACAAGCGAACUGAAGGAAAAGCUGUACCUGUUACACAAACAUUUAUGAGCAUCGACCAAUUCUUCUGUUGGAGAAACUGCAAGACAAGCGAAGAUGUUGCAACAGCAAAGCAAGAAAACCUUGUCCUUCUCGCAGAUGGUUCUGCUCAACUCUGUCGUCUUUGGAGUUGAAAUCUGUGCAUGUGCUGGUUUCACGUGCAUCUCUCCACUGCUUCUCAAAGUUGGUUAUUCUGAAGAGAAUAUGAGCAUCAUUCUGGGAAUGGGUCCACUUCUCUGUUUGAUCAUUGUGCCCCUCAUGGGUCGAGCCAGUGAUCAGUGUAAAAGUAGAUAUGGUAGAAGGCGUCCUUUCAUAUUUUGGAUAUCUCUGCUGAUUCUGUUAUCUCUUGUAUUCAUUCUGUCUGGGGAUAACCUUUAUCUCACAGAACAGAGUGAAGUGAUAACCAGCUCCCACUUAGGGAUCCUAGUUCUGACAGCUGGUGUCAUCUUACUGGAUUUCUCCACACAGUCAUUGCUAACACCAUGUGAGGCUCUGCUUUCGGACGCUUCGGAAGGAACAGAUCAGAAAGAGAGAAUUUUUACAAUUUAUUCUUUCAUGGUCAGCUUUGGUGGCUGUGUUGGUUAUUUGAUAACAGCUCUCGACUGGAGCAACUCAUCUCUCGGACACUAUUUCGGGGGACAGGAACAAUCCAUUUUUGCAAUUCUCAUAGUUUUAUAUCUUUUAUCAUCUGCUGCGACUCUGAUGAUUGCAGAGGAGACUCCACAGUUACAGAACAGCCAAGAACAAUCACUGUUAUAUUCUGGAGACGUAGAAGGGGUGCCUUUAGUAACGAACAAUAUUCAUGAGUCUGGUUAUGAAACAAGCAGUAACGAAUCUAUAUCAGACGAUAACACAACUUCUGCAACAUUACUAAAAAAUCAAAGAACAACAUCAAAGACCAGAUUGAUCAACUCAUCACCCAUGUUCAUGUCAAAAGUAAUUUCUUGUAUACUCAGCUUAAUAUUAUUGACUGCUAAAUUGCCAAUCAUUUAUCAUAUUUGUAAAUAUAGCAAACGCCUUAUUCAAUCUCUCUGGACGGGCAUAUAUCAUCGAUUACCUGAAAAUAUCCAAGUUUUACUUGAUAUACCCCUCGUUCUCCGGCAGCUAGCUGCUGCCAACUUCUGUAGUUGGACUGCUGUGAUGGGAUUCACACUUUUCUACACCGAUUACGUUGGCCAAGCCGUUUACGAUGGCAAUCCUAACGCCCCCGAGAAUUCCUUGUCACGGAACAAUUUCGACGAAGGCGUACGAAUGGGAAGCUGGGGUCUCCUGCUACAUUGCAUGACAUCUGCUGCAUACUCCCCUUUCAUUGAGCGUUUGGUGGAACGGUACGGCUGCCGGCUCACCUAUCUUUGCGGAAUGGCCAGUUUCUCCCUCGCUAUGUUCAUAAUGGUAUUCUGUCACAAUAUAAUCAUUGUAAACGCUGUGGCUGCAGUCACAGGUUUCGGAUUUGCUACAUUAACAACCAUUCCUUUUAUCCUUGUUUCGGAUUACCAUGCAGAUAAAGAGGUGUUCUUCUUUGACGUCGAACGACCAACGAGCAGUGGCAGCCCUUCUCAUUCACAUCAAAUUCGUGGCAUUGCUACCGACAUGGCCAUCUUGGACAGCACUUAUUUCAUGUCGCAAGUCAUCUUGUCUGGAUUAAUGGGUUAUGUUGUACACUUAACGGGCACCGUUCUCUCUUACAUCCUCACCGCUGGUGUGAUGGGGCUGCUGUCGUGUCUUUUUAGUACAAAAAUAAUUAUUAACAAACAAGAAAUUCUAAAAUACCACAGACACCCACGAACAAGGACGAUGAUAGUAUAACAAUAAAAACACAAAACAAAACAAAAAAAAACAAAACAAAACAAAAUGAACGACUUUAUGCAUUUUUAUUUUUAUUUUAUUUUAUUUACAAAUAUAUUUUAGUUAUGUUUUGUCUGUAGAAUAACUGUUUUACUCUGAAAUUCAUAAAAAAAAAGAAAAAAUGUAAGAGCGAUGAAGAAAAUGGUGGUGGGGGUAAAAAUUUAUGUGGUUUUUAUUUAUUUAUAUUUUUUACCCAUUUGUUUCUUUGUUUUUGUUUUGUUUUUUUUCAAAUAUGACAUGGUUGAAUGAAUAAGGCUUUGAAUUUAUGGACCUGUGAGUUGUGAGUUCAAAUUCAUUUGGGUUUUUUUUUUUUUCUUCAUUACUUCACUUCACUUUGCUGUUAGGAACAUGUUUCAAGUCUUCUACAAAAGUUAUCCAGAGCAAGCUGGGUCCCCUGUCCAAGGGGAAAGAAGGCUCAGCUGUAAGUACCAAUCUUAGGGGUUUUUUUUUCAUUUUUUUCUUUUAUUUGUGGGUUGUGAAAAAGUUAACUUUAAAAAAAUCAUUCUUCUAAAUUUUGCUAUCAUCAUCAUCAUCAUCAUCAUCGUUAAAGGUGGCAAACUGGCAGAACCGUUAGCAUGCCAAGCAUGUUUCACUCAUCCUUUUUACAUUCAGAGUUCAAAUUCUGCCAAGGUUGACUUUGCUUUUCAUCCAUCCUUUUGGCAUUGAUAAAUUAAGUACCAGUUAAAUACUGGGGUCAACAUGAUCAACUAGUCCCCUCUCCCCAAAUUUCAGGCCUUGUGCCUUUAUUAGAAAGGAUUAUUAUUAUUAUUAUUAUUAUUAUUAUUAUUAUUAUCAUUAUCGAAGGUGGUAAGCUGGCAGAAUCGUUAGCACGUUGGGCAAAAUGCUCAGCGGCUUUUCGUCCGUCUUUACAUUCUGAGUUCAAAUUCCACCGAGGUUGACCUUGCCUUUCAUCCUUUCAGGGUCAAUAAAUUAAGUACCAGUUGCAUACUUGGGUUAAUUUAACUGACUUAGCCCAUUCCUCUAAUCUGUUGGCCUUGAGUCAAAAUUUGAAACCAUUAUCCUUGUUGAUAUUAUUAUUAUUAUUAUUUUAUCAAUAAAGCCCACUUGCAAAUGUGGGGAUCAUCCCAUGAAGGCUUUUGUUGUGUGUUUCCCUAGUCGAAGGGAUUGGUUAACUUUGGUUAUUAUUAAUGAGCUGACAGAAUUGUUAGCACUUUGGAUAAAAUGUUCAGUGGCAUUUCUUGCAGCUCUUUGUGUUCUGAGAUCAAAUGCCAUUAAGGUCAACUUUACCUUUCAUCCUUUUGGAGUCAAAGAACCAGUUAAGAGAUGAGAGAUGGAUUGAAUCAACUCCCCACCCAUGCACCUGAAAGUUGUUGGCUUUGUGCCUAAAUUAGAAAGAAUUAAUUAAUUUAGAAAGUCCAGUGGCUGUGAAGUUAAGAACUGAAUUGAGUAGGGUAGGAUCUCAUUACCAUCAUUAUCAUCAUCAUUAUCAUCAUCAUCAUCACCAUUGUUCCCUUCGUCCUUCUCCUCCUCAUCACCCCCACCACCACCACCAUCAUCAUCAUCAUCAUUUGAAUGAUUCCAGUUUAACAUGGGUUGGAGAGAUCUGCUAAACCAUGCAUUUUUUGUCUCAGUUUUGUCAUCCUUUAUGUGGAAGCCAAGUUUUCCUUAAAAAAUAACUUCUGGUCAUAAAAAUUUUAUUGCUCCGAUGAAACAUCAUUUCACCCAAACAACAAUUAUGGAAGAAGAAAAAAUUUGUAAAAAAAUGUAAAAAUUCGAAAAUAAACAAUCAGCAAUAAAAAAGCAUGUUUCAUUAAGAAAA